AUGAGCGGAUCAUGGUCCAGCUGUGACACCGGCGAAGUGAUUGCGGGUGAUACUCUGGGUGAUGCAGUACCACGGUUGCACGCUGGCUCGGACGGGAUUUUCUUCCUGCGCUACACGUUGGUUGAUGUGGAACAACCAAAUAAAAAAAAAAAUCCCCUGCAGAAUACAUCAUUUCUCACUCAGGGUGUGUUUUUGGUGUUGGUGUGGAGAAUGGGGACAAAUUGUUUGCUGCUGUACACCCUUAUGGGAGCUGCAUUUUUGGGCAUCCUCCCAAAACUUAAUGCUCAGGAUGCCCAAGAUUCAGCUGACCUUGUACUCUUAAUUGAUGGAUCAGAGAACGUUGGAGCUGCCAACUUUCCUAUCGUCCUUGAUUUGGCUGUCAGAGUGAUCGAGGGGCUUGAUGUGGGCAGGGACAUGAUCCGGGUAGCCCUGGCGCUGUACGGUGCUCGCCCAUCGUUAAAGUUUGAUCUCAAUAACAAUUACGACAAAGAGGCCAUGCAAAAUUUUGUGCAAAACCUUGAAUUCCUCGGUGGAUCUGAUUCUAAUCUGGGGACAGCCUUGGAGUGGGUGUUUGAUGAUAUGUUGGUCUCAGAGGCAGGAGGCAGGGCAGAGGAGGGAGUGCCCCAAACCGUUGUAAUUAUCAGUGCUGGGCAGUCCACUGAUGAUGUCAGUGAUGGUGAAAGGGCACUAAAGCAGGCCAACGUGAUUAUCUUUGGUGCUGCGUUGAGUGAUUCAGCUCGUACCCAGCUGCAGGCUAUCGCAUCCGACAGAAGCUUUGUUUUUUCUGCCUCUGAUAUCAGUGCAGGGGCGACUUUAAGUGAUCAGCUACUUCCAUAUAUUAUCGGGGUGGCCCAACGCACCGUUUUGAUGCGCACUGAGAUCACAGAGAUUCCUGUUUCGAAAAGAGACAUAAUAUUUCUUAUUGACAGCACCAUGGGCACCACAUUGAUCAAUGCAAUUCGUGAAUUUGUCAAAAAAUUUAUCGACAUAAUACCAAUUGGACCUGAUCAGGUGCAAGUUGGGGUGGCCAUGUUUUCCAACACACCAAGAGCUGAAAUUGAACUAAACUCACACAGCUCAAAGGAAUCCCUAAUUUCUGCCCUUUCCCAAAUUAAACCUAAACCAGCACCUGAUAUCAACAUCGGUGCCGCUCUUGACUUUGUAAGAGCCAACAUGCUUGUACCUGAAAAAGGAAGCCGCAUUGAAGAUGCUGUUCCUCAACUUGUGUUGCUGAUCACAGGCAAAAAGUCCAAAGACAAUGUUGAGCAGCCAGCUGAGGCUCUGGAACGAAUGGGUGUCUUGACCAUGGCUGCUGGCUCUCGAACCGCUGAAGAAGCCGAACUUCACAAGAUAGCUUUUAGUAAAAACCUUGUCUUCAUGUUUAAAGACUUCCGUCAAUUACAACGCAACCCUGGAAAGGUUGUAUCUGCACUGUCAACACUUUCAGGUGUUAUCUUCCCAACUGACCCAGUCACGGAAAUAACAACUGUUGAGGUCCAGCGGGUAAUUAGGGAUAUUGUCUUCUUGGUUGAUGGGUCCGACUAUGUUGGAAAUGCUAAUUUGCCUGCUGUACGGAACUUCAUCUCCAGUAUUGUCAACCAGCUGGAUGUUCAACCUGAAAGAGUGCGCAUUGGCCUGACCCAGUUUGCAGAAGGACAGAGGACAGAGUUCAAACUGAAUACUCAUGACAACAAACAAAAAGUGCUCGAUAACAUUGCUCGGUUAAGAUUAAUGGGAGGAAACGUGGUGAAUACUGGGGCAGCUCUUCGUUAUGUUCUAGAAAACAAUUUCCAGGAAUCAUCUGGUUCUCGUAGGAGAGAAGGAGUCCAGCAGGUCCUGGUACUGAUCACUGGUGGUCCAUCUCAGGAUGAUGUCACCAACAUUGGAGAUAGAGUAGCACUGGCUGGAAUCUUGACCUUUGCUGUCGGAGCUGGCCAGGUGGAGGAAACUGACCUGAGGAAAGUUGCUUUUGUUGAUUCUCUGGCAUACUAUAGAAACAGAUUUGCUGACUUGUCAAGUGUUGUGGAACAAAUUAUGACACCACUUAUCACUGUAGUGGGAGAGCCUGUUACUGUUCCUCCAACUAUUAUUGAACGUGAUGAAAGGGAUGUUGCUUUUCUGAUAGAUGGCUCUGAUGCUGUUAAAGGAGAUUUUCCACACAUUCGUAACUUCAUAAUCAAAGUAAUUGAGCCCCUUGAUGUUGCAUCUGAUAAAGUUAGAGUUUCUGUUGUCCAACACAGUGAGAGACCAACAGCUAGUUUCUUCCUUAACACCUACCAAACAAAAGAUGAUGUCUUGAGGGCUCUAAGGCAACUUAGUCCUAUCGGUGGUAGGAGUCUGAAUACUGGAGCAGCAUUAACAUAUAUGAAGAACAACAUUUUAGCACCAAAUGGUGGGGGCAGAGCAGCCCAAAAUGUCCCCCAGUUUUUGAUUACUUUGAUGGGAGGAAGGUCAAGGGACAGUGUAAAGGAAGCUGCCAGUGCAUUAAAGACUGAAGGAGUGGUACCUUUUGGUAUUGGGGUCAAAAAUGCAGAUUCUAAACAAAUUGCAGCUAUUUCUCACAAUCCAUCGUUUGCCUUCAACGUGAAAGAAUUCAGCCAGCUUGGCUCAGUCCAUCAAAAACUUAAUACCUACGUUAAUCUGCCAAAGACCGAACUGGAAGUCGUUCUUAGGGAAGAUGAUGGGAAAAAAGAUGUUGUUUUUUUAAUUGAUGGCUCUGACAGCACCAAGGAAAGUUUCUCAAGUAUGAAAAGCUUUAUCCUGCUUUUGGCAGAAAGGUUAAGUUUGGGGCAGGACAAAGAUCGUAUUUCAGUGGUCCAGUACAGCGAGAACGCAACUGUUGAUUUCUUUCUAAACUCACAUUUCUCAAGGGAAGGUGAAGUUAUUGACAGUAUAAAACACCUGCGCCACAAAGGUGGAAAACUUCGUCACACCGGCGCAGCUUUGCAAUAUGUAAAGGAUAAUGUCUUUUCGGUCCUCUCAGGAAGCAGACGUUUAGAGGGUGUACCACAAUUUUUGGUUCUGUUGAGUGCAGGACGAUCUAGGGAUGAUGUGCGGAGGCCAGUUAAGGCCUUAAAAGAAAUUGGAGUUUUUCCAUUGAGUAUUGGUACACCAAAUGCAGAUACUCUUGAACUACAAACAAUAUCCCAUCAACCAGAUUACUUUAUUAUUGUUAACUUUGAAAGCCUUUUUACAAUUAAAGACAAUGUUUUGUCUUUAAUAAAAGAAGUAUCAAACAAACAAGUGGUAACCAGCAUGCCUUCAGUUUUGGACUCUAUAAAAAAAGAUGUUGUAUUUCUUGUGGAUGGAUCUGAUGAUAUUAAAAAUGGCUUUGAGGCAAUCCGUUCUUUUGUCCAGAAGAUUGUUGAAAAUCUCAAUGUAGAUGAAAACAAUGACAGAGUUGCCCUGGUCCAGUACAGUAGAGAUGCCACUGCCAAUUUUUAUCUUAACUCAUAUUCAACCAAGAAGGAAGUGCUGAAUUCAAUACAGUCUGUUAAACACAAAGCAGGCAGGCCACUGAACAGUGGUGCUGCUCUCCAGUUUAUUAAAGAUUAUAUAUUUACUCCAUCUUCUGGAGGCAGACACCCUGAGGGAGCACAACAGUUAUUGUACAUAUUUUCUGGUGGACGAUCAAAUGAUGAUAUCAGAGGUGCAUCUCAAGCAUUAAAGGAACAUAAAAUAACAGUCUUUACCUUUGGAACAAGAAAUGCUGAUGCUUUGGAAUUACAGACAAUGUCCUCUACACCGGCAUAUGCUUUCUCCAUACCCGACUUUAACUUCCUUGACAGCACCCAUAAAUUAGUCACCUCUGUCACUGGUGUAGAAGAAAGUUUAACAAAGGUUUUAAUAUCUGAGGCAAAUCACUUUCAAAGUAAAGAUGUGAAAAGAGAUAUUGCUUUUCUUGUGGAUGGCUCAGACAAUACCAGAAGAGGAUUUCAAGCACUACGUGAUUUUUUGUACAGUGUUAUUUCAGAACUCACCAUUGGAGUCAAUGAUAACCGAAUUGCAGUAAUUCAGUACAGCAACGUAGCAGUUGCAAAUUUUCAUCUAAAUUCAUUUUUGAGGAAAGAAGAUGUACUCAAUGCCGUUAAGGGCCUUAUCCACAAAGGUGGAAGACCCCUUAAUACAGGCUCUGCCCUGCAGUAUGUUAAUAAUGAUAUAUUUACUGAAACUUCUGGCAGUAGAAAGCAUGAAGGAGUCCCUCAAAUACUAAUUCUCAUGUCUGGGGGGAGGUCAAAAGACAGUAUUAAUGAGCCAGUUACUACUCUCAGUCAUGCUGGAGUCUCAAUAAUUGGAAUAGGUACACAAAACUCUGACAUCCAGGACUUACCAAAAAUUUCACCAGAAAUAACAUCAUUUAUUGUGGAUGACUAUAAUGACCUACCAAAUAUUAAACAGAAGAUAAUAGUAGCUGUGGAAAGUGAUGUGUUAAAAGGCACAACAAAAAAGGAAUCUGUGGUUGGCAGAAUAAAUAAAACCCUUGAUAUAGCAUUCCUUCUGGAUGGUUCAGAUGGCACUAGAAAUUCAUUUCCAGCAAUGCGUGAUUUCAUUCUAAGCAUUGUGGACAGACUGAAUGUGUCAGAGUUUGGAGAUCGGGUCUCUGUAGUCCAAUUCAGCAGAGAUCCAAAGGUAGCUUUCUAUUUCAACACAUACAAAACAAAGAAGAGUCUUCGUAACACAGUUAGAGGCCUCAGGCACAAAGGAGGAAGACCUCUCAACACGGGAAUGGCUCUGCAGUAUGUGAGAGACAAUGUUUUCACUCCUUCUUCUGGGAGCAGACGUUCACAGGGUGUUCCUCAGGUAUUGAUUUUGCUGAGUGGAGGAAGGUCAUUUGAUAACGUUGACGUGCCAGCCUCUUCCCUGAAAGAGCUUGGAGUCUUGAUCUUGUCGGUGGGAUCAGUAGACUCAGAUAGCAAUGAAUUGCACAAGAUCUCAAAUGACCCUAGUUCCACACUGUCAGUAAGAGACUUUACCUACUUAGCCAAUGUGCAAGAGCAGCUGCUUUCCAUCAUUAACACUGCGCUUAUAAGAGCCACAGGUACCCCUUCACCAGCAGUAGUUGAGACUCAUCUACCAAGAAGAGAUGUUGUAUUCCUCCUGGAUGGUUCACAAGGCAAUAGGAAUGGGUUCCCAGCAAUGAUAGAAUUUGUUCAACGUGUGGUGGAGAGGUUGAACAUAGGCGAGAACAAUGAUCGUGUUUCUGUAGUCCAGUUCAGCAGAGAUGCUAGGAUCCAUUUCUACCUUAACACAUACACAACAAAGGAGGACAUUCUAGGCCAAGUCAGAGGUAUAACACCCAAUGGAGGAGGGCCCGUGAUGAUGGGGGCAGCUCUACAGUAUGUCAAAGACAACAUCUUUACGGCCUCCUCGGGUAGCAGACGCCUGGAAGGGGUACCACAGCUCCUGAUCCUGCUGAGUGGAGGAAGGGCAUAUGACAAUGUGGAUAUCCCCUCCUCAGCACUGAAGGAUCUGGGAGUCUUGAUAUUCGGAAUAGGAUCAGGGGCCUCUGAUAUCAGUGAACUGGAGAGAAUUUCAUUUGAUCCUAAUUUUGCUCUGACUGUGUCAGAUUUCAAAAAUCUCCCAAAUGUCGAAAAGCUAUUAUUGACUUCUAUGGACGCUGUGGCAGUUCCCAUCUCUCCAACGUCCUCACCUUCUCUUGUUGACUCUGAGGUUCCCAGAAAGGAUGUUGUGUUCCUGUUGGAUGGGUCAGAUGGGACUAGGAAUGGCUUUGCUUCCAUGCUUGCCUUUGUAGAAAGACUAGUGGAAAUAUUUAACAUUGAUGACAACAUGGACCGUGUGUCAGUGGUCCAGUACAGUACAAAUGCUGAGGUGCAUUUCGAUCUAAAUUCUUAUUCAACAAGAGAUGAAAUCCUCAAUGCCAUCAGCAAUGUAAAGCACAAAGGCGGAAGACGUGUUAACACAGGGUCAGCUCUCCAGUUUGUGAGAGAAAACGUCUUCACCGCCUCUGCUGGCAGUAGACUUCAACAGGGCGUACCCAAUAUUCUCAUCCUGAUCAGGGGAUCAAGGUCAACCGAUAAUGUUGAUCAGCCGGCCACCGCCUUGAAAGAGAGUGGAGUCUUAAUUUUUGGUGUUGCCACCAGGAAUGUGAGCAGUGAAAUUGAGCGAAUUGCAAAUAGUCCCUUCUAUACUCAAACCGUUUCUGAGCUCUCAGACCUAGCCAGUGUCCCGAAACAAUUUUACACCUCUUUCAGAAGUGCACUUCUUGAUGUAAUGCCAGUGAAACCUACAGUUAUAGUUGAACAAAGAUUUAAGCCGAAGGAUGUCGUAUUCCUUCUGGAUGGGUCCGACGGCACUCGGAAUUCUUUCCCAGCAAUUCGUGAUUUCGUUGAAAGCACUGUGGAGAGAUUAAGUGUAUCAGAGGGGAGAGACCAGGUCUCUGUAGUCCAAUUCAGCAGAGAUCCAGAGGUGCAUUUCUAUCUCAACACAUACGCAGCAAAGGAGAGUGUUCUUAACACGGUUAGAGGCCUGAAUCAUAAGGGAGGGAGACCCCUCAACACGGGAAUGGCUCUGCAGUAUGUGAGAGACAAUGUUUUCACUCCUUCUUCUGGGAGCAGACGUUCACAGGGUGUUCCUCAGGUAUUGAUUUUGCUGAGUGGAGGAAGGUCAUUUGAUAACGUUGACGUGCCAGCCUCUUCCCUGAAAGAGCUUGGAGUCUUGAUCUUGUCGGUGGGAUCAGUAGACUCAGAUAGCAAUGAAUUGCAGAAGAUCUCAAAUGACCCUAGUUCCACACUGUCAGUGAGAGACUUUACCUACCUCCCCAAUGUGCAAGAGCAGCUGCUCUCCAUUGUUAACGCUGCGCCCAUAGGAGCCACAGGUAUCUCUCCCCCAACACGAGUUGAGACUCAUCUACCAAGAAGAGAUGUUGUAUUCCUCCUGGAUGGUUCACAAGGCAAUAGGAAUGGGUUCCCAGCAAUGAUAGAAUUUGUUCAACGUGUGGUGGAGAGGUUGAACAUAGGCGAGAACAAUGAUCGUGUUUCUGUAGUCCAGUUCAGCAGAGAUGCUAGGAUCCAUUUCUACCUUAACACAUACACAACAAAGGAGGACAUUCUAGGCCAAGUCAGAGGUAUAACACCCAAUGGAGGAGGGCCCGUGAUGAUGGGGGCAGCUCUACAGUAUGUCAAAGACAACAUCUUUACGGCCUCCUCGGGUAGCAGACGCCUGGAAGGGGUACCACAGCUCCUGAUCCUGCUGAGUGGAGGAAGGGCAUAUGACAAUGUGGAUAUCCCCUCCUCAGCACUGAAGGAUCUGGGAGUCUUGAUAUUCGGAAUAGGAUCAGGGGCCUCUGAUAUCAGUGAACUGGAGAGAAUUUCAUUUGAUCCUAAUUUUGCUCUGACUGUGUCAGAUUUCAAAAAUCUCCCAAAUGUCGAAAAGCUAUUAUUGACUUCUAUGGACGCUGUGGCAGUUCCCAUCUCUCCAACGUCCUCACCUUCUCUUGUUGACUCUGAGGUUCCCAGAAAGGAUGUUGUGUUCCUGUUGGAUGGGUCAGAUGGGACUAGGAAUGGCUUUGCUUCCAUGCUUGCCUUUGUAGAAAGACUAGUGGAAAUAUUUAACAUUGAUGACAACAUGGACCGUGUGUCAGUGGUCCAGUACAGUACAAAUGCUGAGGUGCAUUUCGAUCUGAAUUCUUAUUCGACAAGAGAUGAAAUCCUCAAUGCCAUCAGCAAUGUAAAGCACAAAGGCGGAAGACGUGUUAACACAGGGUCAGCUCUCCAGUUUGUGAGAGAAAACGUCUUCACCGCCUCUGCUGGCAGUAGACUUCAACAGGGCGUACCCAAUAUUCUCAUCCUGAUCAGGGGAUCAAGGUCAACCGAUAAUGUUGAUCAGCCGGCCACCGCCUUGAAAGAGAGUGGAGUCUUAAUUUUUGGUGUUGCCACCAGGAAUGUGAGCAGUGAAAUUGAGCGAAUUGCAAAUAGUCCCUUCUAUACUCAAACCGUUUCUGAGCUCUCAGACCUAGCCAGUGUCCCGAAACAAUUUUACACCUCUUUCAGAAGUGCACUUCUUGAUGUAAUGCCAGUGAAACCUACAGUUAUAGUUGAACAAAGAUUUAAGCCGAAGGAUGUCGUAUUCCUUCUGGAUGGGUCCGACGGCACUCGGAAUUCUUUCCCAGCAAUUCGUGAUUUCGUUGAAAGCACUGUGGAGAGAUUAAGUGUAUCAGAGGGGAGAGACCAGGUCUCUGUAGUCCAAUUCAGCAGAGAUCCAGAGGUGCAUUUCUAUCUCAACACAUACGCAGCAAAGGAGAGUGUUCUUAACACGGUUAGAGGCCUGAAUCAUAAGGGAGGGAGACCCCUCAACACGGGAAUGGCUCUGCAGUAUGUGAGAGACAAUGUUUUCACUCCUUCUUCUGGGAGCAGACGUUCACAGGGUGUUCCUCAGGUAUUGAUUUUGCUGAGUGGAGGACGGUCAUUUGAUAACGUUGACGUGCCAGCCUCUUCCCUGAAAGAGCUUGGAGUCUUGAUCUUGUCGGUGGGAUCAGUAGACUCAGAUAGCAAUGAAUUGCAGAAGAUCUCAAAUGACCCUAGUUCCACACUGUCAGUGAGAGACUUUACCUACCUCCCCAAUGUGCAAGAGCAGCUGCUCUCCAUUGUUAACGCUGCGCCCAUAGGAGCCACAGGUAUCUCUCCCCCAACACGAGUUGAGACUCAUCUACCAAGAAGAGAUGUUGUAUUCCUCCUGGAUGGUUCACAAGGCAAUAGGAAUGGGUUCCCAGCAAUGAUAGAAUUUGUUCAACGUGUGGUGGAGAGGUUGAACAUAGGCGAGAACAAUGAUCGUGUUUCUGUAGUCCAGUUCAGCAGAGAUGCUAGGAUCCAUUUCUACCUUAACACAUACACAACAAAGGAGGACAUUCUAGGCCAAGUCAGAGGUAUAACACCCAAUGGAGGAGGGCCCGUGAUGAUGGGGGCAGCUCUACAGUAUGUCAAAGACAACAUCUUUACGGCCUCCUCGGGUAGCAGACGCCUGGAAGGGGUACCACAGCUCCUGAUCCUGCUGAGUGGAGGAAGGGCAUAUGACAAUGUGGAUAUCCCCUCCUCAGCACUGAAGGAUCUGGGAGUCUUGAUAUUCGGAAUAGGAUCAGGGGCCUCUGAUAUCAGUGAACUGGAGAGAAUUUCAUUUGAUCCUAAUUUUGCUCUGACUGUGUCAGAUUUCAAAAAUCUCCCAAAUGUCGAAAAGCUAUUAUUGACUUCUAUGGACGCUGUGGCAGUUCCCAUCUCUCCAACGUCCUCACCUUCUCUUGUUGACUCUGAGGUUCCCAGAAAGGAUGUUGUGUUCCUGUUGGAUGGGUCAGAUGGGACUAGGAAUGGCUUUGCUUCCAUGCUUGCCUUUGUAGAAAGACUAGUGGAAAUAUUUAACAUUGAUGACAACAUGGACCGUGUGUCAGUGGUCCAGUACAGUACAAAUGCUGAGGUGCAUUUCGAUCUGAAUUCUUAUUCGACAAGAGAUGAAAUCCUCAAUGCCAUCAGCAAUGUAAAGCACAAAGGCGGAAGACGUGUUAACACAGGGUCAGCUCUCCAGUUUGUGAGAGAAAACGUCUUCACCGCCUCUGCUGGCAGUAGACUUCAACAGGGCGUACCCAAUAUUCUCAUCCUGAUCAGGGGAUCAAGGUCAACCGAUAAUGUUGAUCAGCCGGCCACCGCCUUGAAAGAGAGUGGAGUCUUAAUUUUUGGUGUUGCCACCAGGAAUACCUAG